CGGCAGUUGAGCAAGAGACGCGUAGCACGCAUGGCCCCACCGACGGAAACUGCACCAGAAGGGACGGUCAAGGAGCGCCGGGACCCGAAGAUCACCUUGAUGCGGGUCGAGAUGACGACCGCCAUGAAGGACGAGGCCAUUUCGCACGUCGCCGAGAGCCUCGUGACCAAUCUCAUCGAGAAGGACAUUGCGACCGACAUGAAAAAGUAUUUUGACCAAAAGUACGGACCCACGUGGCACUGCAUCGUCGGCAAAGGCUUUGGCUGCUCGAUCGCGUACGACACGCAGUUCCUCCUCUUCUUCAAGAUGGACCAGCACUACCUGCUCCUCUUCAAGUCGACCGAGUAGUGCUGUGAAUAUACUUUCAAUGUAGAUACAUGCAAACCACAA